CAAACAUCAGUCACAUCAAGAUCAAGAGGAAGAGGAAGACUGCCGGUCGGUCGCCUUGUCUUUCUAUCCUUGUUCCGCUCCGACCGUAUCCGUCUCAGAUUCUGCCGAGGUCGCCUCGCACAUCAUUUAGGCGGGCGGGCGGGCGGACAGCGUCUCAACGAUACCAUGAACCACAAAAUCAACUCAGUUUCGGGGCAGCACAUCAGUACUGCAGGUAAGCGCUGGCCGAGGCAUCCGGACUGCUCCGACCGCACUGCCAAAAGGUUGCGGCCUGUGCAGCAACAAAAGCACAAGCAUCUCUACCUUGUACUGGAUAACUGGAGCAAGGGCUACAGCAUCCACAGGCUUGCAGAUUUGGACUCCAGCACCGACCUGGACCUGGAGCCUACCGUCCUCCGGCUGGUGAAUCCUGAACCCACAUAUCCCAUGAAAUUUGCCGCCCUGGGAAGCAACAUCUUCAUGGCAAGCAACCAGCACCGUGCAACCUUCGUGUACGACACGGACACGGCGGGGCUGGCCUCUGGCCCCCGCCUACCGGAGUCGCUGCUCAAUGGCCUUCAGAUAUUUGUGGCUACCGCCAACUUGCAGCUCUACGCACUCAACUACCACCUCGACGAACUGUAUCACUAUCUGGAGUCCAUGUCCACCGUCGGCAUCCAGGAUCCGUGGUCUUCAAGUCCAAGCAGGGACUGGCGCUGGAAAAGCGUGCCCUCGCAACAACUGCCCUUCCGCGAGGGUGAGAUAAUCGUCUCCUAUGCGGUGCACCCGGAUGGACACUCAAUCUUCAUGUCCGCACGCCGCAAGGGCAACCUAUAUCGUACCUUCUCCUUUGACACGACGCAAUGUGAGUGGAAGUUCCAUGGGGAAUGGGCAUUGCCUUUCCAAGGUCAAGGCUACUUCGACCGCGAGCUGGAUGGAUGGGUUGGCCUUCAUGAAGAUGGCUACAUUUGCACCUGCCAAGUCACUUCCAGCACCACCAUGGACAUGGAGCCCAAGUGGAAGAUGGUCAAGGAGAAGCUGUUCCGCAAGGUCCCGCAGAGGACCCGAGAUGCCACUCUCACCUACAUGGGUAACACCAGAUUCUGCCUUGUGGAGUCUGUGCUACGCGAGGAAGUGGAGCCUCAAGAUGCUCUUGGUGACUCCGAUAGUUUCAUGCUCAAUAUCACCAUCUUUGGUCUCAAGUACAGUCAUGAGGGAGAGCUGCAAACCACCCUCGACCGCACCACCAAGUCCUAUGUAGUGUCCAAGUAUAUUCCUUCAUUUUCUCCUGUAGCAUUCUGGAUGUAGUACCUUCCUGUUUGGCAUUGAUUGUACACAAUACAAGCCGUGUCACUCUGAGUACUGUCUAUGCUAAAUUAAGAUUUAAAAAGU